GCGGGACUUCCUGUCUUUUUCCGGAGAGGGAGGACGCUUCCCCGGGUUGCGGGAAGAUUUGAACUGCUGUUGCUUUCCUGUGUUUUGUUUUGUUUUGUUUUGUUGUUUUUUGUUUUUUAUGGGUUCAUAGUUGGCGCUGCCGCUUCUCCCCCGCUACCCAAACAGGACGGACGUCUCGACCAACACACUCUCUCUGUGGCCUUAUUCCCUUGCGGCCGUGAUUGUUUUCUCUCAUCGAGAAACUUCACUUGUUGGUAAUUUGUCAAAUUCAAGAAACAACCCUGGAGAAACAGUCGUGGGCAGGCUUCAAGCAUUUUGGCAAAGCAAAGGGGCCUCGGCCUCCUUUCCACGACUUUUCAUCUCAGAACCGCCGUGUGAGUCCAAGACGUUGGUUGUUUUGUCUUCACCUUGUAAGGACGUUUUAUCCCGAGUCCUAGUAAUGGCAGCUGAAGUGCGGAUGGUACUUUAUGAAGAUGAUUCAGUGCAAGUGCAAUAUGUUGAUGGUUCCAGACUGCACCUUUCUCCGUGUGGCUCCGAAUUUUUAUUUGAAAAGCCACCUCCUAUUUCAGCACAUCCUUUAGAACAACCAGAAAGAAUUCGGCAAAGGACACACUUUGUUAUUAGCACUUACCGAGAGCAACUACAGCGAGCCCUAGAUUUUCGAAAUUCUUUUGCUGUUUGCCCUUUUUUAUCUGAAAGCAUCAUACCUUCUGAAAGAAAAAAGCUUAUCUUCGUUGACUUCUCAGAAGUGAGGUGGCCCAGGCCUGACACCGAUGAUGGCAUGAUACUUACACAGAGCGGCAGCGUGAAGAUAGCAUCGUUGGAUGGACAUGCAUACCUUUGCCUGCCCAGAUUGCAGCAUGAAUUUACAGUACAUUUUUUGUGUAAAGUAAGCCAGAAGCCAGAUUCGUCUAUAGUAUUGUCAGAAAAGAAGAAUCAAGCCAGAAAGGACAAGCUAGUUGAAAAAGCAGGCAAAAUCUGUACCUAUGGAAGGUCUGUACCAAGACAGAAACUGAAGAAUAAAGAGAAUGAACUUUAUUGUCCGCUCACGAAAUCCAAGGAAACUUUAGAGAAGGAGAGCUGUGCAGACGGAGCUGAAGGGAGGAAGGAGGUGCCACCUCCGCCUGGUACCCGACACACGUGUGUGUACACGUGGGUGAAGCAGCGCUGGCCUGUGGCCUCCUGUCCAGAGGAAUGGAAAUAUCCUUUGUCUUUAGCACUUCAUUUUCAUAAUAAAAUCAGCAGUAUGUCGAGAAGUGAGGCAGACACCACCCAGAGUAGAACAUUCACUUCUGAGAUUUCAGAGGAAAGAGGAAAAGAGGUUUCUGUUCUUCCCAGGGCCCUGCUUCUCAGCUGUCCUGUCCCCCACCUGCACAGGUGGAAUUUUUGUGACUCACUUUCACAAAGACAGUUGGAUGAAGAAUAUUCCUAUCCCGAGCUGGUGAAAGUGGUUUGGUACAAAGGUGUAACUUACCGACUAAACCAUAAAAAUGUGAACUCAAUAGAGAUUUAUCCUGGAGAUGGAUCUGUUUUCAAGUCAGAGGGAGCUUAUUUUGGGAAGUAUUUUACGUAUUAUUCCAUUCAAGAAGGAUUAGAAGAGAGAGAAGAGAAAACUUAUUCAGUAAAUAACCUUCCUCCUGAUAGACCAGGAAGUCUGUUCUCUGUGUGUUCUCUAAUUAAACAGGCAACCAGAAUUCUUCAACAUUGUACCAAGACAAGACUUUCUUUAAGCCAUAAUUAUCGUAUAUGCUGCUGGAAAAUGUGGAGAAAGAGGGCAGGCGACUUGAUUGGAUUUGAAGUACCUGGGAUAAAGGAUAACAAUAUACUGCCUUUGAUUUUGAGAGAAUCACUCAUACCCAGCGUGGGAAGAUUUCUUGCAUACUCCGACGACAAAGUACAUGCUCUCUUUUUAGAUGGCAUUACUCUAACCCUAAAUUGGAAUUUCAGCUCUUUUAUUGAAAAGAGACAGGUAGAUCAAGGUCUCAACUUAGGUUGGGGUAGGUUAACUUUUCCUGAUGGACAAGAUCAGUUAAUUCAGAUUGAACAUCCUGGACCAUAUGAAAGAUAUGUGACAACAGUUAUAUCAUGGUGCAGAAGAUUGACCCAGACUAGUCAGAGAGAGAUGCCCACACAUCCUUCAUCUUCUCUUGUUGAAGAAAACUGGUCUGUGGCCUCUGAGCUUGAAAAAAUAAAGAAGUUUAACUUGCUAUUGGAGAACAGUGGUAUCCUAAACCAGAUUUCUAACAAAAAAAACAAACAGUCUUCUGAUCAUUAUGAAUCAAAAUCUCCAGAAACCUUGCUGGAAGAAGUUAAUGAAAAGAGAGUAUCAGUGGCAUUGAAAAAAACCUCUGAAAUCCUUCAGGAUAUUGACUGUCUUCUAUCAAGUUCUAAAAGAUGAAAAAUAAUUAUUAUAUACCUUAAGGAUGUUGUUUCAAGUGACUAGUAUAAAAUUAUUAGUAAGCCAAGAAAUUAUAUGUAUUACUUUUUUGCGAUGUUAUAUAUUUUGCAAUUAUAUAUAUUAUUUCUUUGCAAUGAUUAUAUGAAAAAUGAUAUUUAACUUUGGAGGUUACCUAACUUGUAAAUUUUAAAAUAUCUAUAAUGUGCUUUAUUAAUAAAGAACUGUGUUUUAGAAUUUUGAACAAUUUCCGAUUUCAGAUUUAUGAGAACAUUUUAUAAAAUUAUAGUUGCUGUUUUAUCUUAUGGAACAUUCACUAUUAAUCCUCAAGGUUUUUUUUUUUUCUUUUUAAAUAUGCAGAAUCGUGUGCAUUUGGUCAUUUGCUAUUCAACAGAACUACCAAAAGAGAAUUUGAUCUUUACAUAUGUAUACACAAUAUUGCUUCAAGCUAAGAAUCGAGCUCUUCAGCAAAGACUAAAUUUUGUCUGAAUUGUCUCAUAUUUUCAUUUCUUUUGAACAUCUGAAAAAAUUUUAUGCUAUACAAGUGUGUGAAACUAAAAUAGCUCAUCAGAAAUGCUGUUUAUUGCAACCUAGUGCUGUUUAUUGGGAAAACACAAAACCACACAUCUAAAGGGACUUCAAGAUUAGACCAAUAUAGCAGAAAUGUUCUAAUUAACUUCCGAUUUCUAGAAAAGACCUGUUUCUUGACAUGAAAGAAACAACAGGAAGCAAGGAGAAGAAGAACAAAGCAAGCAGAGCAUAGAUUAGGAGUGAUAAUGUCAAUGAUUUGAAUGGGCACAAUGUUCUCAUGUUAGCUUUCUCACUCCGGGCUUCUUGCUACCUUCAGGUUUCAGCACAAAUUACCAUUUCUUUUGAAGGGCCUCCCCUACUUAGUCUCUAUUACUCUAGUCUCUAUUUAUUACCUUUACAGCACAUACUAUAGCCAUCCAACUUUUCUUUGUGGUCUAGAUUCUCCACUAGAACUUGAGCUCCAUAAUGUCAUUCUGUAGCCUCUUACCAAGCAUAGUGUUUGGCACACAGAACAUUCAGUAUGUGUUGUAUAAAUCAAUCAGUGCCUUUGGGCUUUAGGGUGACUACAGAGAAAAUUGUGACAAUUUCGUUGUUUUGGCUGAAGGAAGC